UCUAGGCAGAGCUUCCUGGAAGGCAUUCUGGCUCUCCUCUCACCCUGAUCUGCGUGGUGUUCAAUCGGCCGGAAUGAUGACGUUGCGGAGUUAGGCCCUGGGCGGAGCCGGCUUCUCGCCAGUCGUUCUCUUGCCUCUCAUUCCCUGCUGCUGACACUCACAGGAGUUCCCGGGGCCGGGCAGGAAGAAAGGGCCCGCUGCUCCAUCCAACAUGGUGUCCGGCUGGCAGGAGGCGGCGGCCCAGCAUGCCGAGGAAGUGUCUGCCAGGUUAAGGCAGCUGCUUACCUCGGGCCUGGGCCUCCUCCGCACGGAGCUCGGAGUGGAGCUGGGCCUGCAGCCCCAGCUCUACCCGUCCUGGGUGUUUCUGGCUGUACCGGCCUUCCUGGCUCUGCUUCUCCUUCUACUGCUGCUGCACUGCGCCUCGGCCCGGGGUUCCCCCACAAAGAGAGCGGGGACAGAGGAGGAGAGGGAGCCGGCUGCCCACCUUAUCAAGGCCGCGGAUGUGCCCAUCAAGACUGGCAGGGCGGAGGAGCCCAAGAAGAAGAACAAGAAGAAGCAGCCGGAGAAGGCCAAGCCUAAUGGUCGCCCAGUGGAGCUUGCUGAAGAAGAAGUGAUUGCUCCAGUUAAAAAGGAGAGUCCAAAGCAGCCACUUGAUGCUGACAAGAAGAACGAGAAGGUAAAGAAGAAUAAAAAGAAAGCAAAGGCUGAUGGGAAACAAACUCAGUCACCUAGCCAGGAUAAAAAGGAAGCAGAGGAAGGAAACUGGGAAACGAAGAUCAGUAACAAAGAAAAGAGACAGCAGCGCAAACGUGAUAAAGGAACAGACUCUGAAAUUUACCCUGAGACCACAACAGUCACUGAAUCCUUCACAAUGGUUUCAUUUCAGCCAACAAACAUCAGAAAAUCUAAAGGUCCAAGUGAGGUGUCUGCAGUAAAUGGGGGUGGCUGGAAUGAGAAGCCUACUAAGGUGAUUGCCUCCCAAAUCGUAGAGGAAAAGUGGGCUCCCCCUGCCGCUACAGCUGGCAAGAAGAAAGCAGAGCCUUGUACAUGGAGCCAGGAUGCGGUGAAUACUAAUGGAAAGGACUGGAGUGCCCCAUGGAGCGAGCGUUCAAUAUUCCCUGGCAUGGCUCCCUGGAAACCGGUGGAGACCAGGAUAUCUUCAUCAGAGCAGAGGCCUCCUCCUUUCUCUACUAUCGGGUUAAACAAUUCUGUGUCUGCUUCUGUCAGUGAUCCUGUUCCUCAGACCAGUGCAUCUGACAGUCAGUGGGAGGCCUCCCCUAAUGAGCCCAGCGUCGAUGAUGAGUGGUCUGGUCCAAAUGGUAUGAGUUCAGCUGACGCUAGUUCUGACUGGAAUGCCCCGGCAGAAGAAUGGGGGAACUACGGAGAAGAGGAACCAGUGCCCGAUCCACAAAUUGAAGAAGCUGAGCAAGAAGUUCCAAAGGUUUCUGAUGAUGACAAGGAAAAGGAAGAAACUACCACCCAAACAUCUGCCAGCAGCAAAACCAAGAAGAAGAAGAAGAAAAAGAAGAAGCAGGGAGACGAGUCUGGUUCCCCUACCCAGGAAACGGAAGGCACAAUGGAAGCCUUGGAUGAUUAUAAAGAGGAUACUACCCCUUCUCCACCUCCUGUAAUUAUCUCAUCAAUCAUUGGAAAAAGUAAUGAACUGAAAGAGACUUUGAAGGAGACACGUGUGCAAACAGUGCUGACUGAGUCUUCAGUAUCUGCCAUGCAUAACAUUUCUGAGAAGAGCCCAUCCCUAGUGCAGCAGACACAAGAGGCCAGCACUGCCGCCACCAAGCAGAACAUUGUGCCCCCACCAUCACAAGCUAAGUCCGAAGAGAACUGGGAAUCCCCUAAGCAAGUGAAAAAGAAGAAAAAAGCCAGAAGAGAGACGUGAUCCUCCUUCCCUCACUGUUCACACCUGUUCAGACGCUCUCGAAGGUGACGCUGUUUAUGCAAUAAUUUGUGAACUUGUACAGAAUUUUAUAAAGCGAAUUCUGCAUUUUUAAAGCAACUACUGUCAACGUGACCUCCCUGAAGACAGGUGGAAGAACACAAGGAACUCGAGAUUCACACAAACAAGAUCAAGAUCAAGAACGUGGAACAGCAAAGGAAAAAAGAAAACAACACUUUGAAGAUCCCGCAUAUUGCCAACUGAGAACUUUCAUUUGAUAUACUGAAGAAACGACUUUAAUUCCUGAUUUUAUGAAACAGUGACCUGUUUACAUUCAUUUUGUGCCCUACCUGGCCUCUGAGAUGAACAAGCUGGGGUGAUUUAUUUUGUUUUUGUGAAGUAACAUUUCUGCUAUCUCAUCAUGGAAACAUCUUUUUAUCUUCUUGUGUCAUUUUUAAUAUCAAGUGCUAUUGUUAUACAGUAGCGCAGCUCAUUACCCCCAUAGUAUCAUGUGCAGUGCAAGAGUGUCAUGUAAUGUUUUGUGUGAUCCUUCAAGCACUGAUCAGAAGAAUGAAUUGUGAACUGGUGAAUGUAUGAAUCAUUGUCAUUUACAUCAGGAAGUCUGUUCCGCUAGCAUUGUCCUCCAUUUUUGUAUUAGGGUGGCUUUUUUUUUAUUUAAAGAAAAUAAUCCAUGUCGCCUUUACAGGGGGCAGCUGUUUUGUGGAUGGAUGCAGUAUUCAUAGGCUUGUAGCCUAUAGAUUCACCAUAAACGAUUUGACAACUGAACACAAUAUGGCUGCUUCUGGUCUGUGCGUGCGACAGGUACUCUUUAAGGCGUGGCAUUAUGUGAUUUGUCACUUCUUAUACUGUAUUAUGUUCCUAAUGAAUUUUUUAAUACUUGCACUCUAGCCGUAGCGUGGCUAACCAGUCGUGUUUCAUGUCAGGGCCGUCGGUCACCAAUCCUUCUUGACUCAGCCCUGAAAAGUUGAAUAUGCAGCCAUUUUUAUCUGUUAACGUGAAUUAUACUGUUUUUGGGGGUUUUUUUGGAUGGGCAUGGUGGCUUCAGACAGCUUUAAUUGAUGUUAAGACCUUCAAUAAUCAGGAAUCCUUCUUUUCUUUUUUUUCCUGCCUUAAACUCUAGUAUUUAGACUUUGUGGCCGAAGUUAGUGUUUUUAUAAUAAAAGAAAAAUACAUCUGUAGUUGUGAGAAGUAUUGCCAGCUUCGGACUCUGUUGAUUUAAAAGAAACGCGUGUGGUUUUAUCACCAUUUGCAGGCAAUGUUAUUUCAUUUUAUUAAACUUACAGUUAACUUUGUAUCUCUUCCUUCUUCUGCAUGGUAAGUCGGACUUUGUAAAUAGCCUUACCAAAUGUUCUUUGACAAAGCGGCAGCAAUCUGGGAAAAGGGUGUG